AUUAGGAACACAAAUGGAAAUUAGUAAUGGGCCUAUAAUAAAGCCCAUUAUGAAAGGAGUCGGACGCCGGUCAAAGCGUUACGACGUCGUAAUAAACCAGAGACCAUCUCGUCGGUUCUCAACGGAAGGAGGAGGGAAGCUCUUUUUUGCUCUUAGAUCUUCCCUCUCAUUCGGAUCAAGGCUUCAACUUUUUCAUGCUUUAUUUGCUUUAAUGUCUUUGAUACACUUGUCUUUGUUCCUGGGUGUGGUGAGCCUUGCAGCUGCUGCGUCAUUUUCACCGGGAUCGCGCUCGAUUCUCCGGGACAUCGGCAGCAACAACGCCGAUCAGAAAGAUUACGCUAUCGAAUUGAACGCUACCAACUUUGAUUCAGUCUUCCAAGAUUCUUCCGCCAAAUUUGCUGUUUUAGAGUUCUUCGCUCACUGGUGUCCUGCAUGUAGAAACUACAAGCCACAUUAUGAAAAAGUUGCAAGGCUAUUCAAUGGAGCAGACGCAGUAUAUCCUGGUGUCGUUUUGAUGACCAGGGUUGAUUGUGCUUUAAAGAUGAAUGUACAGCUCUGUGACAAGUUCUCCAUCAAUCAUUAUCCGAUGCUCUUUUGGGGUCCUCCCAAAAAGUUCGUUGAUGGCAGCUGGAAACCUAAACAAGAGAAAAGUGAGAUUAGCGUCGAUGAAUGGCGCACUGCUGAUCUUUUGUUGACUUUUAUCAACAAGCAGUUAGGCAGUUCUUAUGGCUUAAAUGAUCAGAAAUUCGGAAAUUUCCUGUCAAAUAUAUCUGACCACGAACAGAUUUCUCAGGCCAUAUUUGACAUUGAGGAGGCAACUGAAGAAGCUUUUGGUAUCAUAUUGACACUUAAGGCAAUCAAGUCAUCUGAAACUGGUACUUCGUUUACCAGGUUUCUGCAGCUUUUAGUGGCACAUCAUCCUUCAAGAAGGUGUCGUAAGGGCAGUGCUGAAAUUCUCAUGAAUUUCGAUGAUUUAUGUCCGUCAGGCGAGUGCUUUUAUGACCAGGAAUCUGGUGCGAAAGAUACCCUACGAAACUACCAUAUAUGUGGAAAGGAUGUUCCGCGGGGAUAUUACAUGUUUUGCCGUGGCAGCAAGAACGAAACUAGGGGAUUCAGCUGUGGAUUAUGGGUUUUGAUACAUUCACUUUCUGUGAGGAUCGAAGAUGGAGAAAGUCAGUUUGCAUUCACGGCCAUUUGUGAUUUCAUCAACAACUUCUUCAUGUGUGAUGAUUGCCGUCAGCAUUUUCACGACAUGUGCUUAAGCGUCAAAACUCCAUUUAAAAAGGCCCGUGAUGUCGUCUUGUGGCUGUGGAGCACACACAACAAGGUUAAUGAGAGACUCAAAAAGGUUGAAGAGUCUCUGGGAACAGGAGACCCUAAGUUCCCAAAGAUGAUAUGGCCACCAAAGCAGCUUUGCCCUUUGUGUUAUCUUUCGAGCACUGAGAAAAACAUUGACUGGGAUCAUGAUGAAGUCUACAAGUUCUUGAAGAAGUACUACGGAGAGAAACUGGUGUCCGUUUACAAGAAAAAUGCUGUCCAUGCAAGCAAGGAGGAGGUGGUUGUAGCUGCAGAAGAGAUGGCAGUGCCUACCAAUGCUCUGGUUGUGCCAGUGGGAGCUGCGUUGGCCAUAGCACUUGCAAGCUGCGCAUUCGGGGCGCUCGCCUGCUACUGGAGGACGCAGCAGAAGAAUCGGAAGUAUAACCACAACCCACACUAUUUAAAGAGAUAUAAUAGUAUCGUUAUGAACACAUUCAGUAACACUGAAAGCGAAAGGGAAAAGGAGAGAUGAAUUAACAAGCUCACAUGAUUUAACAUUCUGAGACUGAGCUUUGUUUUUGUUGUAACUUACAGACAACAGAUACAAAGACGUUGAGGUUGAGAUGCAAAAGUCGCCUGCUUCAGGUCCCUUUUCUCUUCUCCUCUUACAGAUUGUAUAGAUUCUUCUCUUCAAAUUUUGAAAUAUUCAAUACACACUUCUGCAUCUAUAUGUCAUACCAGAAUAGCUCCUCUGUAGAAUCGUAUCGAAUUUCUUGCCUUUCA